CUGGGGAAGAGUUCAAACUGCCACAGAUCCACUCAGCUGUGUGAAGGGAUGUUAUGAGAAAAGAUACAGUGGUUAUUUCACCAAACUUUAAUUGGAGGUUUUUUGCUUUUUGGUGACAAAGAAUGAAAGGCUUUUUGGCUGAAGGGCUUUUUCUCUGGAUGAUAUUCCAGCAGGGCAACACACAGAUGAGUAGAACUGAAGAGUCGAAUUGCUGUGAAGGGGACAUUCUAAUCCUGCUGGACUCUUCAGGAAGUGUGGCAGACUACGAGUUUGCACAUCUGCUGGGUUUCCUCAUCGAGCUGCUCCACCCUUUCUCUUUGGGCCGCGGUUCCUUGCGAGUCGCGCUCCUGCAGGUGAGCACCAGUCCUCACUUUGAGUUUGGCCUGGAUGUCCACAACAAUUGGGCAGAUUUGCGGGACGCUGUGAGGAACACCAGGCACCUCAAAGGAGACACCAACACUGUGGCAGCACUCAGCAUGGCCCAUCAGCUGCUGACAGAAGAGGAUGUUGGUGUGCCAAGGAUACUGCUAUGGUUGGCUGACACUGUGCAGCCUGGAGAUGUGGAGGGUCCGAUGUUUGAGCUAAAGGCGCUGGGGGUUUCUGUGUUAGCAGUUUAUGUGGGACACACCAACUACCAGCUGCUAAAGCGUGUGGUGACACCACCCAUCACAUCCCACCUCCACUUUGUGGCCAUAGAUGACAUCAACAUCAUCAAAGAAAACCUGACGAACGCCAUCACUGCAAUUAUAUGUGCAGAACGAAUGAACCAGCAGCUGCGUGUGGCCCAGUUGACGUGUCAUGCUGCCAUGCUGCAGUGGCAUCCUGCUGUGACAGGAGAUGAGGGUUACUAUGAACUGCGGUACACUUCUGCUGGAUCCAGAAAUGGGCAGCACCACAGGCAUAUUCUCCCAGGUAACUCUGUCCAGGUAGAACUGAACAACCUCCAGCCUCAUACAAACUACAGAGCUUCCCUCUACCCUCGGUCCAUCCUGAAGCAGAUUAACACCCUCUGUGUUACCUUCACAACUCCUGAGUCGAAAUGCUGUGAAGGGGACAUUCUAAUCCUGCUGGACUCUUCAGGGAGUGUGGCAGACUACGAGUUUGUACGACUACUGGGUUUCCUCAUCGAGCUGCUCCGCCCUUUCUCUUUGGGCCGUGGUUACUUGCGAGUCGCGCUCCUGCAGGUGAGCACCAGUCCUCACUUGGAGUUUGGCCUGGAUGUCCACAACAAUUGGGCAGAUUUGCGGGACGCUGUGAGGAACACCAGGCACCUCAAAGGAGACACCAACACUGUGGCAGCACUCAGCAUGGCCCAACAGCUGCUGACAGAAGAGGAUGUUGGUGUGCCAAGGAUACUGCUAUGGUUGGCUGACACUGUACAGCCUGGGGAUGUGGAGGGUCCGAUGUUUGAGCUAAAGGCGCUGGGGGUUUCUGUGUUAGCAGUUUAUGUGGGACACACCAACUACCAGCUGCUAAAGCGUGUGGUGACACCACCCAUCACAUCCCACCUCUACUUUGUGGCCAUAGAUGACAUCAACAUCAUCAAAGAAAACCUGACAAACGCCAUCAUUGAGAUUACUUGUGCAGAGCAGCUGCGUGUGAAGCACCUGACUUCUAACAGUGUGGUACUGGAGUGGCGUCCCAUACUGACUGCAGGCCAGGGUUACUAUGAACUGUGGUAUACUUCUGAUGGAACCACCAAUGGGCAACACCUCAAGAGCAUUCUGUCAGGUGACUCCACAUGGGUAGAAGUGACCGACCUACAGCCUAAUACAACCUACAGAGCUUUCCUCCACCCACAGUCCAACCUGGAGCUCUUUAACAUCCUCUCUGUUACCUUCACAAUUCCUACUGAUAUUCUAAGCCCAGCAGUAGUCUCAGUGUCAGACUCUGGCCCGCAUCAGGUCCGUGUGAACUGGGCUCCUCUGCAGCUGGCUCAGGUCCAGAGAUACACGGUGGAGUACAGCACGAUUCCAAGUGGGCCACUUCACUCUGUGACACUACAGAACCAUCAGACCUCUACCUUACUGACAGGCCUGGAGCCAAGUUCUCAGUACCUGAUCACAGUCAGCGCACUGUACAUCACCGGAAAAGAAAAGGCCAUGUCUGUGAGAGCGUGCACGCAGGAAGUGCUGCCAGCUCUGAUUGACCUUCGGCUGCGCCCAGUGGAGGAACAGGGUGUGCAGGUCGCAUGGCAGGGCCAUCAGCAGAAUCUAAGAGGCUAUUGGCUCAGCUGGGAGAGGGAAACCCCCAGCAGCGUUUCAAAGCCAUCCAUCUCCUCUGUGUACUUGCCACCCACAACUGUUACAACACAACUUGCUCACCUUUCCCCUGGGAGCCGGGUCUGUGUGGCCCCAGUCUACAGCUCAGGCCGAGGAGACGGGAUAUGCUGCAAUGCAAAAACCAAUGCAGAUUCCCAUCAUUGGGUUUAUUCCUGAGACUCUGCAGUAGUCUGAAAAACCUGGAAGACUAUCCUUCAAAUUCUACAUCUACUUGAUCCUUUUAGUAGGACAGAAUUUUAUUUUAUUAGUCCAUUACCCGCACCAGGGUGGGUUUGAUUCAGAGGCUGAAAUGAAAACUUCAUCUUCACCAACAAAGCUAUCACCUCCCACCUAUCCUGGAUUCCAGAGAACUUUUAUGGUGUGACUAAAGCUGUCUCAAGAAGAGACAGCUGCUAUUACCAUUACUAUUGCUACGACUGUGCUACUGCUUAGUGCUUAUGCUUACUUGCAAAAAUGAAGAGGUAAAAAGUUCUAAGGAAAAAAAAGAAUAGAAAACUAUGAUACCCUUUAAGCACACUUGCCAAUGAUGAUGAUGCAGCACAAAAGUGUCUUUCCCCUUAACUACUACUACUAAAGUGCUACAUUAGCUUAUGUCACUCCCCAGAUGCCAAAGUACGUGCCAUGUUUGGCUCAAUUCUACGGUGCCAUUUUGACAGGAGAGGGACACACACACACACAGUUGUCUUAGUAUUUAUACUCAACAAAAAUAUAAACGCAACACUUUUGGUUUUGCUCCCAUUUUGUAUGAGAUGAACUCAAAGAUCUAAAACU